ACAAGUUCAAGGUUAAUUUGAGCGUAGAGAAUUGCACACAUAAUGAUUUCAACAACCUUGACUUGUUCUUCUUCACAAGUAGAGAUGUUUCAAGUGCCCUACAGUUGACAACCACAAGAACAUCUUGAAAGUAGAAGGAGAGGUUCACCAGCUUUUUAAUGUUUAUAAUGAAGAAGGGAGUUAAUUUCUAAACCCCUUAAAGUGGUGGUCUGGUCAUUUCAAUGUGGGAGUGCCUAGAAUUCAUUAAAAUUGUGCACAAUGGAAAAAGUAUUUAAACCUGUGCCAAGCCAUUGUAGAGAAGGUACAGCUUCAGUGAUUUUAUAGACAAUAACUAGAAAUAAUGUCUUAGCAAAUUGUAAACGAUGGCAUGGGUUGCUCUGACACUUUUAUUUCUUGGCGUGACAGUCAGCUGUUCGACGUUGUGCUCACGAAAACAGAAGUCCUGCACUUAUCAGUUGUGGAAGAAUAACAGCGAACCGCCCGAAAUGUGCCAAGUUAGGUAUUUUAAACGGAAUGGGACCGAAUGUGCAGCUUUAAGUUUCAAUUAUAACCUAAAUUUAACGCAUAAUUUGGGCGAUGUUCGAAUUGAUGCGUAUACGAGCGAGGAGGCGAAACAGACGGCAUUUAAUCUUACUUUUACCAAAAUUAAAUGGAGCCGAAUGGUCAUGAAAUUUUCUAAAAUGGGAUUCGAAAACGACAUAAACAACUGCAUCUCGUAUAAAAUAUGGAAAAACGUCACUGUGCCGAAAAGUUCAGUUUUAGCCUACGAAUGUCCAUGGUCUAAUUCUAUCUAUGAGGGCAACGACUUUUCGUUGGAGUACGAAUUCGAGGCGCCUAUUAUUUCGUAUCACAGACUAAUUUUUAAGAUACCCCGUUUUCGGAACUUUGGCGAGCAGGCAGACCUGCGUAACUUGGAUAUUUUUUCGUAUUUAGAUGUGACGGAUUCGGACUAUUUACAUUUAUAUAUACAGCUCGUUCCGAAACGUUACAACGUUACAAGUUAUCUAAUAGAAGUGAUUAGAGAACGAAGCAAUAUUUCUACACGCCUAACUGUACAAAUAAUAAGUGCGAAAGACGCAAUUAACGGCCAACUUGUUUUCCCCUAUCCCACGUGGAACGAGUUCGGGUACUUUUAUUUCAACGUCUCGCCGUUGAGUGAGAUAUGCGAUGAGAACAAAUGUUUAAAAUCUUCUACUCCCAAGAUAUUUAUGGGGCGAAGAAAAAGUUCAUUAGUGAUAGGAAUUGUCGGGGCCAGUGUUAUUAUUUUUGCGUUAUUUUAUGCCAUGUUCUUUAUGAACAGGCAAAAAAAUAAUAAAGAUGAUACUCCACCUCGCAUACUAUUAGUGUAUAGUGUCUCUAUAAAUGCUCAUUACAAUGUAGUUCGCACCUUAGCUCGAUUGCUCAAUGACGUAUUACACAUAGAAGUAUUCUUAGAUGUAUUUGACAUUCCACAAACUAAUCAUCAGAAUCCGGUGCUGUGGUAUAACCAAGCAUUUCGAGACGCCACCCACAUCAUCUACAUUGCAUCGCCUGAAAUACCACCGUCGAAAUCGUCACACUCUGAUAAUAUCUAUAGGGUUGAUGGCGUAACUAUGAAAGCAAUAAUUACAAAGAUUGCCUGUUCCACUAAUACUAAGCAGAUCAUAGUAAUUACAUUUCCCUAUUCUAUCAACGCUGUACCUUCAGAGUUGAACACAGUUCGACGAUUUGAUUUAGUCAAGGACAUUGAUAGCUUUGUCAAUUCUCUCGUGAUGCUUCCAUACCAAUCGUGGACGUUUCUGCACUUAUAUAGACCAAAUAGGUUUAGGGGAGAGCCUCAGUAUAUGGAACUCUUGGAACACAUUCAAGGUGCCCAAAAGGAGUUUGAGGUUUUGAACUUUUCUAACUCGACGAAAAGUUCAACGGCACAACUGGACGUUAUUGCGCAAAACGAUAGGGCCGAAGACGAGGAAAAGCUAUUGACAGGUGAAAGUAAUAUUGACCACGUUAAUCUAUCUACAACUACAAUAUUAAAGGGCCAGUAAAUAUAUAUUAAUUAUCUACUACGGUUAGUUGUACUAUGUUAUAGUUCUUGAAAGUAGUUGUGGAUAAGUCCUUUUUUAAGACUGUAAUUAGAUUUAGAAUGAAGCAAACACGAUAUUUAUCUACUUACCUGUAACUUAAUUUUUUUAUAUUUUCGAUACAAUACAAAAUACUGCUACAACUAUCAUGAAAGUAAGCUAGCUUUAACUUGACCAUCCUGUAUUUAUUGUCAGUAUUUAGUUUAGAAGAUAGAAAUGUAGAUUAAAUAUACUGGGAUCAAUGAGUGGAAAUAAAAGGUUGAAAAAUG